GGCUGAAUGUAACGGGCUGGAUUACAUACUGGAGUAAUCCGAUUACUCUCGAGCUGCUGGAAGUACUGCGGCUGCCAUUGUUUUGCGCAGAGACUCGGUCUCGUUACAUACUGUUGAAAAGAUGAACAACAAAUACACUGUACAAACAAAGGCGUAACUGUGGCCGUAAAGCCGAAAGAGCGGAAUGGUUCAGAUUUUAUUCGUAGCGUAGAUAGGGAAGUGAGUAUUACUCUGAAAGAGGAAGCAUUUUGAAUACAAUACACACGUGCGAUAUAAACGCACUUUGUGUACUACUCUGGCGAAAGCGCAGUGGCGUCUUGUCAGCUUCGUGGUGAGGAGUUCAGGACCUCCGGAAAUGGAAACUGAUAUGAACAAAACCUGCUCUUUCGCGGCCUGGAGCUUGAGAUCGCUGUUUGAUUACAAGGGAGAGAGGGGGAAGAACAUCACCGUGCAGUGCAAGCUCUGCAAACCCAGAGAAAAAUUCCUCUCCACAUCCAAAAGUUCCACAUCAAACCUGAAAAAACAUCUGGUGAGGAAGCACUCCUCGGUCUAUGAGGGGCAGUUUUUGGAGGCGGGGCCGGUGAGCAGACUGGCAGAAGCUGCGGGGCAGGGCGGGGCAGCGGACAGGUUCGGAGAUCCCGCCGCCGAAAACUCGUACGAUGGCGAGGACGAGCGUCCCGCCAAGCAGGCCAAAAGCAGCUCGUACGCGAACAAGGCGUGGCAGCGGCGCCUGAACGCUCUGGUGUUCAGCUUCAUCAUCGACACGCUGCAGCCCUUCUCCAUCCUGGAGACGCCGUCCUUCCUGCGCCUGCUGGACGGCCUCCACACCAGCAGGGGGCUCCUGACCCCCAGGGCCCUGCUGGGGAAGGUGUGGUGGGCCUCCCGCUCCAUGACGGAGGCGCUGAGCUCCAGGCUGAAGGAGGCGCGUCGCGUCUGCACCACGGCAGACCUCUGGAGCACAGGGGGGCGGGGCUACCUGGCCGUCACCUGCCAUUGGCUGCAGGAGGGCACCAUGGAGAGGAGAAGCGCUGCGCUGGCCUGCGCGGCCCUGCCGGCUCCGCCCACCUGCCACGCCCUGGUCGCCAAACUCCGCGAGAUCCACGCCCGCUUCGACCUGACGGACCGGCUGGGGUGCAUGGUGACGGACAGCGGCAGCGCCUUCGUUCCCCUGUUCUGCGAUUUGGGGUUCUCUCAGGACGGCGGCGGGGGUGGGGGUGGGCUGGACGGAGAGCGCGACUGUAAAGGCGUGGCUGCAGGAGAGGGGGGCGUGGUCUUCCAGGACGUGAGCCAGCUGCUGCAGAGCGAUGUGAAGGAGCUGCAGUUCCUGCUGCCGGCCCACCAGCGCUGCCCCGCCCACCAGCUGAGCCGCCUGGCCCAGGAGGAGGUGCAGCGGGCCCUGGGCUGGGGCCCCCCCGGGGGCCUCUACAGGGGGGCCCUGGCCAAGUGCGCUGCCUUCUGGAGCCUGGCCCACGGUCCCGCCCCUGCCCCACCCUUCCUGGAGGAGCUGGGCGCCAUGGAGGGGCGUGUCCCGCGAGCCGUGCUGUGGAGCGCGGAAUACCGCGUCGUGCGCGCGGUGCUGUCGCUAGGCGACGGGCAGGCGGCGUGCCAGCAGCUGGGGGCGGAGCCUCUGAGCGCGCAGGAGCUGCUGUUCCUGCAGGAGUACGCCGACGUGCUGCAGCCGCUCGCGUACUCACUGGACUUCCUCCAGAAGAAGUGCAUCCUGGGAUACCUGCUGCCCACGCUGCUGACGCUGAAGGCCAAGCUGAGCGAGAUCAGGCCCUUCUUGCGCUUCUGUGGCCCGCUCAUCGCCGCCCUGCUGGCGGGCAUCGACGCACGAUUCGCAGCUCUUCUGGCCAGCCGCGAAGCCAAGAUGGCGGCGGUGACGGUGCCGAAGCUGCGGCUGUGGUGGCUGCCGCAGGAGGAGCGGGAGGAGGUGAAGGCCAUGCUCCUGGAGGAGGCGUCGGCCGAGGAGCGCUCCCAGGAGGUGCAGGAGGCCGAGAGCUCGGACUCGGAGGCUGAGGAGGAGGCGAAGUUCUUCGGCUUUGCGGAGGAGGAGGGCGAGGCCAGAUCCACGGUGGAGGUGGAGGUGCUGAACUACCUGCAGGACACGGACAAGGCCCUGGCGUCUCUCAACAGGUACCCCACCGUCCGGCGCCUCUUCCUCAAACACAACACCCCCCUGCCUUCAGGGGGCGCCAGCGUGCAGCGGCUCUUCAGCCACAACGGCCACGUCCUCACGCCCCAGCACACCGGCAUCGCCGAGGAACACUUCGAGCAGGUCCUCCUGCUGCGCUACAACCAGGACCUGUGCCCGCUCACCAACGAGGGCUGGCACUGGAGCUGAGCUGUGCCCGCUCACCAACGAGGGCUGGCACUGGAGCUGAGCUGAGCUGUGCCCGCUCACCAACGAGGGCUGGCACUGGAGCUGAGCUGUGCCCGCUCACCAACGAGGGCUGGCACUGGAGCUGAGCUGAGCUGUGCCCGCUCACCAACGAGGGCUGGCACUGGAGCUGAGCUGUGCCCGCUCACCAACGAGGGCUGGCACUGGAGCUGAGCUGAGCUGUGUCCGCUCACCAACGAGGGCUGGCACUGGAGCUGAGCUGUGCCCACUCACCAACGAGGGCUGGCACUGGAGCUGAGCUGAGCUGUGUCCGCUCACCAACGAGGGCUGGCACUGGAGCUGAGCUGUGCCCGCUCACCAACGAGGGCUGGCACUGGAGCUGAGCUGUGCCCACUCACCAACGAGGGCUGGCACUGGAGCUGAGCUGUGCCCACUCACUAACGAGGGCUGGCACUGGAGCUGAGCUGUGCCCACUCACCAACAAGGGCUGGCACUGGAGCUGAGCUGUGCCCACUCACCAACGAGGGCUGGCACUGGAGCUGAGCUGUGCCCACUCAACAACAAGGGCUGGCACUGGAGCUGAGCUGAGCUGUGCCCACUCACCAACGAGGGCUGGCACUGGAGCUGAGCUGUGCCCACUCACCAACGAGGGCUGGCACUGGAGCUGAGCUGAGCUGUGCCCACUCACCAACGAGGGCUGGCACUGGAGCUGAGCUGAGCUGAGCUGAGCUGGGGGUUAAAUGUGUGGGAUUCUUCAGUAUCGCUGCACUGUGAUUUAUGUCAGUAAGUAAAUAAGUGCCUGUUGUUGUUCUUCUUCCGAGAUAUAAGGAGAGAUAGAGAGAGUGUUUAAUGCAUGUCCCUGAAAGAGAGGGAAGACUGUGCUCCCUGUGCUGCCUGUGUUUCCUGUGUUUCAGCUCAUGUAAUGUCCUGUGCUGCCUUUGUCUGCUCUGAUCUCCAUGUUUUUAUAAUUGUUUGUAUUAAUGUGGUUGGUCCAGUCUGGCCUGCUGAAGCACAUAAGGACCCUGCUACAUUUCUACGAGUCUGCAGCAGCCUUUAGACACGCCCUUCAUACUUUAGACACACCCUUCAGCCUUAGACAUGCCCAUUAUCCAAUAGACACGCCCUUCAUACUUUAGACACGCCCUUCAGCCAUUAGACACACCCUUCAUACUUUAGACACGCCAUUCAGGCUUUAGACAUGCCCUUCAUACUUUAGACACGCCAUUCAUACUUUAGACACGCCCUUCAGCCAGUAGACACGCCCAUCAGCCUUUAGACACACCCUUCAGGCAAUAGACAGACCCUUCUGCCUUUAGACACGCCCUUUAUACUUUAGACACGCCCUUCAGCCAGUAGACACGCCCAUCAGCCUUUAGACACACCCUUCAGGCAAUAGACAGACCCUUCUGCCUUUAGACACGCCCUUUAUACUUUAGACACGCCCUUCAGCCUUUAGACAUGCCCUUCAGCCUUUAGACACGCCCUUCAGACUUUAGACACGCCCUUCAGCCUUUAGACAUGCCCAGACUUUAGAGACGCCCAUUAUCCUUUAGACACGCCCAGCCUUUAGACACUCCUGCACCCUUAAGUCACUGUGAAGGCUGUGUUUAUAAUGUACAGUAUUACCUCAUGAAUUAUGUUCAGUGAAAUGUGAAUAUCAACUAAUGUACUCAAACACAAAUAUGUUAUUUAAAUAACUAAUACAGAGAAAUGGCUUGCUUAUUUUUUUGAGGUGAUAUUAUCGAUGUCAGGGUAUUGGUCUUGUGGGAUCAUGGGGGGAGGAUGGAGGAGUGGGGCUUCAUGAAUCCUAAAUUGGUGCAGUAUUCCAUGUUUAGCGUUUAGCCAUGGAGAGCCCUGAUUGGCUGUGAAUGACCCUGAUCAGCUCUGUCUCAACAGACACCCAACCUUCAGCCUAGCCAGGAAGAACAGGAAACCUGCACCUCUCCUCCACCUGUGGGUGUGUGUGUGUGUAGGUUCGUGUG